AGUCGUGUUACGGAUUUUGGCUAUCGAACCAUUAUUGAAUUCAACACUUGGCCCAAGGUAUAUUUUUAACAGAAUAUUUGACACAAAACCGAUUCUUCCUUGAUUCCUGCUUAUCAACGUACUAUUCGGGACAUUUUAUACCUCAGAAUGUCCACGUUCCUUGGGCUUAUCGAGGAGAUACCUGGCAUCUCAGUGGAUCGUUUUGAUGGAAAAAAUUUGUACUCCUCUGCGUAUUUUCUUAGUCAUUGUCAUACCGAUCACAUGCGUGGUUUGAACCAACAAUUUUUUGAACAUUUAAAGCAGUACAAAAAAUAUCUUUAUUGCAGUCGAAUUAGUAAAGUUUUCUUAGAAACUAAGUAUAAUAUAGAGACCUGUGUAAAGGAUAUUGAUAUUGAUAACAAAAUUUCUAUUGAAUAUAAAAGCCAAGGUUCCAAAACAAAUCUCUUUGUAACGUGUAUUUCUGCUGGACAUUGUCCUGGCUCUGUGAUGUUUCUUUUUGAAAAAAUGGAUAAGUUAAUAUUAUAUACUGGAGAUUUUAGAAUCAAUCCAAGAGAUUAUAAGAAAAUUGUAUCAUUGCAUUACUGUAGGGAUUUUAAUGUACUUCCAAAAAAAUUUGCCAAGAUGUACUUAGAUACAACAUUUUUAGAUCCUAAUUUCACCUUUCUCCCAACAAGAAAAGAAAGUAUAAAUGAGAUGUGUAAAGUUGUGAGAAAGUGGCUAGAGGAAAGCCCAAGGAAUGUCGUUGUUCUGGAAUGUUCCGCUUUGUAUGGGUCUGAGUUUCUUUAUAUGGAGUUGUCAAAAUCUUUACAUAUUCCUAUUCAUAUUAAGAAUCACGUGUAUGAAAGCUAUUGUCGUAUCCCAGACUUGGCGCGUCACAUUACAAAUAAUUCACUAACUACACGUAUACAUGCGUGUAUGGAGAAAAUGGAUCGCUCAGGUCUGGAAUGCCGUUCCGAUAUCGAUAAUAAAAACAUAUUAACUAUUGUACCGUCAGUACAAAAAUGGAAGGGAAGUGAUACGAGUGUAGUUGGAGAGUGGGAUCGUGAUAGAGAAAGGACGUUUAAUGUAUGCUACUCCACGCAUGCCUCUUUUGACGAACUUAAAAAAUUUAUACAAUAUUUCAAGCCACAGGAGAUACAUCCUUGUGUAUGUCCAGAAAGCUUAAAAUAUACAAUAUUUCGUUUAUUAAAUGAAAUUAAAAGUACUUUUUAGUAAAGCUAAAAAAAAAGGAAUAAUACAAUUAAAAUUUGUGAAAAAUUUAUGUCGAGUUCUUAAAUGCGAAGUUAUGAAUAAACCGCCGAAUACUUCACAAGUAUUCCAACAUAAAUAAUGACGAUUUUUAAAGUUAAUAGAUAGUUUUAUACUUUUAUACUUAAUUUUUGAGUUUAGUUUUAAUUCUUUAACGAUUAUAUUAAUAUUAUAAUUAUGUAUUACUGAUAGAUACGUUCCUGUUAUAUUAUGCUUCAGAUAUAAGAAUUUGUAUUUUCAUAUAAUAAAAAAUAAUGAAAUGUUUCACUAAUUAA